UCAUUAAUAUAUUCAAUGUUUCCUAGACUGUGGUCCAAAGCCAUUUUUGCGGGCUAUAAGCGUGGCCUCCGAAACCAGAGAGAGCACACUGCCCUUCUGAAAAUUGAAGGCGUUUAUGCCCGUGACGAGACUGAAUUCUACUUGGGCAAGAGGUGUGCCUAUGUAUAUAAAGCUAAAAACAACACCGUGACUCCUGGUGGGAAGCCCAACAGAACACGAGUGAUCUGGGGGAAGGUAACACGUGCCCAUGGAAACAGUGGCAUGGUUCGUGCCAAGUUCCGAUCCAAUCUUCCUGCCAAGGCUAUUGGGCACAGAAUCAGAGUGAUGCUGUAUCCAUCUAGGGUCUAAAUUUUUACGGAAAAUAAAAUUCAGAAACUCCCUUUUUGUA